UGAAUUUGACGGCUGUUCCGCCCGAAAAACUACAAUUCCCACAAUCCCUCGGUGCAUCAGCCAUGCGCCGCAGUCAAUCAGCUGUUGAGGCGACUGCAGAAGGGCAGCUCAUCUGUCAUAUCAAAACCCAGGCGAGACAAACAGAAAUAGCCUUAUUUACAGAAUCCCAAAAGCUGAACGAUAAGCUCAAAACAUGCAGGAUGAUUUACUGAUGGACAAAAGCAAAGCUCAGCCUCACCCACACCAAGACCCGUCAAACACAGAGCCUCCAUCCACCCCGACCCCCUCCGAGCCUCCGAUCCUGGACGAGCAGCACCACGUCGGUCACUCCGAGCGGCUCGCCAUGGAGUCUCCGGUAUUACCGGGUUUGGGUUUCCCUCAGGAUUCCUCUCUCUCUCCGUCGUUCGGCAGCACUUGGUCCACCAACACCGUGGACGAGGGCUUUUUCCAAGGGAUUCCGUCUGUGAACGGAACGAUGCUUUUUCAGAACUUUCCCCAUCACGUCAACCCGGUGUACGGUGGGAAUUUCUCCCCGCAGAUGAGAAGGUCUCCGCUGGGAGUGAACCAGAGAAACCCCUACAGUCACCAGACCCUAAUUAAUAAAGUUGCCGCCUCGUCCGCGUCCUCGUCCGCCUGGAAUAACCACCAGAACGCGGUGUGGAGCUCCGCGGCGAACCCGUGGAGCGGCAGAGACCCGCGGAGAGGGCUCGGGCUGAGCGUCCCGUCUCCGCUCAACCCCAUCUCCCCGACCAAAAAGCCCUUCCCGAGCACUGUUAUCGCGCCCCCGAAAUACCAGAGACCCGGAGCACUGCAGAAACCCUGGAUGAUCUCAGAUCCUCCAGAGCCCUUCAGAACUGACAACAGCAACAACAUGCUGCCAUUUCAGGAUCGAAAUCGACCCUUCGACCCCUUCAACUUGCAGACUUUGGAAAACUCUCUAAUGGACAUGAUUAAGAACGACCAUGACAAAGGUAAACACCACCCUGCCGCUGGUCCACCAAUGACUAUCGCUGAUAUUUUAUGGAGGAAUCAUUUUGCAGGUCGCAUGGGUCUCAACUUUCACCAUCCAGUAGCUGAACAUAUAUUACCACUAAACACCAGGAGUUUUGGUCGCAGAAGAGGUCGUUCUUCAUUGUUUCCCUUUGAGGAUGUUUUCCUGGAUGAUGGUCAAGGGGAUCAGUCUCUGACUCCGGGUCUCAGUUCUCCGAGCCGUUGUCAGAACGGAGAGAGGAUGGAGAGAUAUUCCAGGAAGGUGUUUGUCGGAGGACUGCCACCCGACAUCGAUGAAGAUGAGAUCACCAACAGUUUCCGGCGCUUCGGUCACCUGGUGGUGGAUUGGCCUCAUAAAGCUGAAAGCAAAUCUUAUUUUCCUCCGAAAGGUUAUGCUUUCCUGCUGUUCCAGGAGGAAAGUUCGGUUCAGGCCCUCAUCGACGCCUGCAUCGAGGAGGAUGGAAAACUCUACCUGUGUGUCUCAAGUCCCACCAUAAAAGACAAACCAGUUCAGAUUCGCCCGUGGAACCUCAGUGACAGUGAUUUUGUGAUGGAUGGAUCUCAGCCUCUUGACCCGCGCAAGACCAUCUUUGUAGGAGGUGUUCCUCGACCUCUGCGCGCAGUGGAGCUGGCGAUGAUCAUGGACCGGCUGUAUGGAGGAGUGUGUUACGCUGGCAUUGACACCGACCCAGAGCUCAAAUACCCCAAAGGUGCGGGUAGAGUGGCUUUCUCCAAUCAGCAGAGCUACAUCGCUGCCAUCAGCGCCCGCUUCGUCCAGCUGCAGCACAACGACAUCGACAAGCGGGUGGAGGUGAAGCCGUAUGUUCUGGAUGAUCAGAUGUGUGAUGAAUGUCAGGGAUCUCGUUGUGGAGGGAAGUUUGCCCCUUUUUUCUGUGCCAACGUGACGUGUCUGCAGUAUUACUGCGAGUACUGCUGGGCGAGCAUCCACUCGCGGGCCGGCCGAGAGUUUCACAAACCGCUGGUGAAGGAGGGCGGGGAUCGACCCAGACACGUGUCCUUCCGCUGGAGCUGAUGAACACCGCAACAUCGCCCUCUCCACCACAAACACAUCACAUCUCUGUCCGCUCUGCUUAACAACCUUAGGAAAAGAUGAAUUGUUGAGUCUGCGUGCUCAAACGUUGCACUUUGGCACAAACAGUCGAUGUUAACGCUUAUCAGGGUGUUGUGCUGUUAAUUCGCUCAUUUUCCUCUGUUUGAUCAGUUUAGUGCUCCAUAUUGGUAACAUUAGGCAGUGUGAGACUAUAUAUAUAUAUAUAUAUAUAUAAUAUAUACAUUUACAAAAAGAUCUAUUUUUAUUUUAUAUUUAUCUAUAUGCAUAUAGGUAAUACGUUUUGAGUGUCAGACUUUUUAAAAGGCGCAUGCACUUAUUGUGAAAAAUAAAUAGAAAUUUUCCCCUGUAGAGUACAACAAAAAUAAGAUUUACCAAAGGUAAAGUAGGAUAAAUCAUGUUGGGUGAGCUGUUCACAAACACCCGAGUUAACUCGAUUCGCUCUCCGUGUUGAGAUGACUAGUAAUACCUCACGCAUGCAUCUCUUUCUGUUCGCUUCAGUUUUUUAGGCUCAUUUUUUUAUACGAGUUUUUUAGUAUUAUCUACAUGUAAUGCUGCAAUAGCUUUGCUGCUAAAUCAUGGUAUGAAUCUGUACCGUCAUACGUUAUUCAGGCAAAUGAGGGUCUGCGUCUGCACCCACACUGCAUGAACAUGAGUCUGCGAUGCAUGCUGGGAAAUCAGGCCUAACAUUUGUUUUCCGACUUUGGACGAGCGACGCGGAGCACAAACUGAGUGCUGCAAAAAAAAACGACCAGAUGACCGUAUAUACAGAGCCCAUGAAAGGAUGUGGUGAUGAGGAAAAAUUAGAUUUCAGUACUUUUACAUUCACUCGCAAAAGCAUUGAAUUUCCCGCUAAGAGUUCUGCUCUUUCAAUCCUCCCUAAAAAUUGGUUUACACUUACUAAACAUUCCCCAAAGCACUGUUUGAGGUUUCAUUAAGAAAAUCCUCAUGAUUGCAUGAAAAACAUUUACUUUCCAGCAAAAA